AUGGCGCAGCAAGGGAGGCUGCCUGGGGACGUUGCCCAGAGGCGCUGGCAGCCACCCAGCAGACCACCAAGCCAGCCUCCCACAUUGGCACCUCCCCUUCUUGGGCAGUCGGUCAGCAAAGACAAGCAGACGCGCCAGGAGCCACGCAGCAAGCCACCAAGCCAGCCUCCCAGAGUGGCUCCUUCCCUUCCUCGGCAACCGCCCCCAGGUCUUCCCCCACCACCUCAAAUGCGGCCGAGGUUCACGAGAGCUUUAUCCUUUGAAAUCGCAGACCUGGUCGCCACGGCUCCGGCACUUGCCGUGCCGGUUGUUCCCAGUGCAUCCGAGACGCCGAGCACAGACGGGCUGUCGAACGAAUUGAUCGACCGCCACAGACUCCUGGAGUGCUCCAGAAAGCACAUCAUCCGGGAUGGAGAUUGGCUGUCACCUAUGCAGUGCAUGCGCUACAAACCGCGAAUGCCAUGUGAGCAUGUGGACCCAAGCGGCCAGCCCGCCUUUCCGACGGAGGCACCCUGGUGGUGCGAGGAUCCGCGCUUCUUUGAGAUGGCCAGUGCGAAAGCCCAAAUCCACAUGCUCUUCAGCAUCUUCUAUUACCAGCCCAAUACCUAUCGGCAGUACCUAGCAUCAGAGGAAUUGAAGAGGAACACAUGGCGCUAUCACUGCAAGCUUCAAGCUUGGUUCCAGCGCAAGGAUCGCCCACGGAUUGCGACACGAGAAUUUGAGAGUGGAUCUUUCUACUUCUUCGACUUUGAAUCUCUGCAAGUCAGGAUGAGGGAAAACUUCACCUUCGAAUAUGCCUGGCUGGAGGGCUCAGGAUGA